UCACGCUGCUCCCCGCGCUCUGUGAGCUGUGGACCGGCGGAGGGCUGCAGGACGGGACCGGGGACCGGGACCGCAGCACCGGGACAAAAACAAAACCUCCACCCGGGAUGGACUGAAGCAAGGCCCGCUGUUGAGAGGAAACAACAACAUGGAGAAACCUCCGCUGAAUUCUGAGGAAUUGCUUUCUCAAGGAACUUAACAUUUUUUCUGAGUGCAUCAGAGACACAGGCGGGCUGACGGGAAGAGGACGUUAUGGACUGACUGAGCACAUGUGAACAGAUGAGUCACAUAUGAGUGAUAGAUGAUGUAACAGCGUCUGGGACGGUCUUCUUCCACACCAUGGAGAUGAUUGCAGCAGCAGAAAGGGACAUAACUGUUUUUUAGAAGCUUGCCUUCAUAUAGUUGUUUUACCAAUGACAAAACAAGUUGCAAUCUCAGGGGGUGGCGAGGCAAUGACCUAAUUCAGAUUAAAUGACCUCAUACUGAUAAGUAGUCCGCCUCCUCGCCGGGUGAUGGAACAUAAUCACAAAUGGACUCUUAUCAUAGAUGCUGGAGUGUGUGAGGUUACUUGAUAUUCUCUGUGUGGAUGUGUGUGUGGGUUUGUGUGAGGUGAGUUUUAAUGCUACAUGCAGCUAUGUUGCGGCGCGGACUUCUAACCUGGGUCUCCCGUGUUGGGGGCGUGCUGGUGCUCCUCUGCUGCUCCCUGUCACUGCUCUACGUGAUGACCUGCAGCCCCCCACACUCUGAUGACCUGCCAUUGAGUCAUGCAUUACCCCGCCCUGGAUCGAAUCACCCCAGUCUGGGGGGCACAGGACCGGGGAUGGGAGCAGGGGUCGGUGGGACAGGAGGAGCCGGAGUUGGGCCUGCUCAAAGCGGAGGAUCAGCAGGUGUCCAGUCGUACCAGGCGCUCCUCCAAGAACGUGAGGAGCAGCACCGCCACCACAUCUCCUCCUUGAAGAAAGAGAUUGCACAGCUGAAGGAAGCUUUGCAGGAGCGCAGCCAGCAGCUGAAAGGAGUGCAGGAGAGCCUGAAGAGAGGAGGCCCCGCGGAGGGACAGGAAGCUGGGGUCGGAUCCCAGGGAGGCAGCCUUGGAGAGACUCAAGGAGCCAAGAGCCAACAGGCCGAUCUCCAGGAUUUCCUAAGGAGCCAGCUUUCAAAGGCUGAGGUGACUUCCGGCAUCAGGCUGCCAAGCGAGUAUGCGGUGGUGCCAUUUGAGAGCUUCACGCUGCAGAGGGUGUACCAGCUGGAGAUGGGCCUGACGCGUCACCCUGAGGAGAAGCCGGUGAGGAAGGACAAGAGGGAGGAGCUGGGGGACGUGCUGGAGAGGGCCCUGCACAGCCUCAACGCACCUCCAACCCAGGACAGCAGGGGCGUGGGAGAGAAGACGCAAAGUAGCAAGGUUUACGCACCGUCCGACUUCAUCGAAGGUAUCACUCGCACAGAGAGGGACAAAGGGACGCUGUACGAGUUGACCUUCAGAGGGGAGUCGAGUAAUGAAUUCAGACGCUUGGUCCUGUUCCGUCCCUUUGGACCGCUGAUGAAAGUGAAAAACGAGAGGGUGGACACAUCAAACGUCCCCAUCAACAUCAUCGUCCCACUGUCCAGACGCACAGACAAGUUCAAACAGUUCAUGCAGAACUUCAGGGAAGUGUGCGUGCGUCAGGACGGCCGAGUUCAUCUGACAGUGGUGUAUUUUGGGAAGGAGCAGAUGAGCGAAGUCCGCAGCACUCUGGAGAACACGUCCAGGGAGGUGAACUUUAAGAACUUCACUCUGCUGCAGUUGGACGAGGAGUUUUCUCGAGGUCGAGGACUGGACGUCGGGGCCCGGGCCUGGAAGGGAGGCAACGUGCUGCUCUUCUUCUGCGACGUGGACAUCUACUUCACUGCCGACUUCCUCAACAGCUGCCGACUCAACACACAGCCCGGUAAAAAGGUUUUCUACCCAGUGUUAUUCAGCCAGUACAACCCCACUCUGAUCUAUGGAAGCCCUGAACACAUCCCAACUGUGGAGCAGCAACUGGUGAUCAAGAAAGACACUGGGUUCUGGAGGGAUUUCGGCUUCGGCAUGACCUGCCAGUACCGCUCCGACUUCAUAAACAUAGGAGGUUUUGACAUCGACAUCAAAGGCUGGGGAGGUGAGGACGUCCACCUCUACAGGAAGUACCUCCACAGCAACCUCCUAGUGGUGCGAGCGCCGUCACGAGGCCUGUUCCACCUGUGGCACGAGAAGCACUGUGCCGAUGAGCUCCCGCCGGACCAGUACCGCAUGUGCAUGCAGUCCAAGGCCAUGAACGAGGCCUCGCACGGCCAGCUGGGGAUGCUGUUCUUCAGGCACGAGAUCGAGGCGCACCUCCGCAAACAGAAGCAGCAGCAGAACUCAAACCCCAAGAAGACAUGAAGACUCACAAGUUUUGAGUUAGAAUCACUGCAGUGACUGCAAUCAGUUCAAAGUAGAGGAGACAAAAUCAGCUGAUAUGAGCUACAAACGAUUUUAAAAAGUAGUUCAACUGUUUUUGAGCAAUAUGCUUAUUUAUUUUCUUUUCAACAAGUUACACAAGACUACAGAUUUCACUCUCAUCUGUGUACGCAAAAUAUGGAGCUGGAGUCAGCAGGUGAUUAGCUUAGCUUAGCAUAAAGACUGGCGAUAGAGGGAAACAGCUAGCCUGGCCCUGUCUAAUGGGGAAAUAAACUGUGCAUUAAGGAUGUAUUCAGGUAAAAGUAUUUAUAGCACAUUGUAAAAAUACUCUAUUGCAAUUAUCCACCUUAACCUUAACGACUAAGGUUACCUGAGAGGCUGGACCCACCCUGCUGUUGGUUUGGUUGGGAGUUGUUUGCAGGUCGUUGAGAGUCGUUGAGAGUCGUUAAAUUGGGAGGAGACUUCCUGGGGGUGGAAGUCAAGACUGUGUUGAAUGUGGCUGAUGGUAGUUUCUUAAACCUCCUCCCCCAUUCGGAGAUGGUUUCUCUAGUUUGACGUAGAUGUCUUCCUUCACUCCUCUUUCAAACCAUCUCUCUUCCCUGGCCAAAAUGUGGACACUGUUGUCUUCACUUGAAUGUCCCUUGUCCUUUAGAUGUAGGUGAGUCCUGACCUGAGGAGCUGGCUCUCCUGUGCUGUGCCAUGCAUCUGUGAAGGGGUUGUUUAGGUCUGUGCAUCAUCACUACAUUUAACUGCACAUACUACAUUGAUCUACCUAUGUCUGGGUGUUUUGGGGUGGACCAGUUUCUGCCUCAGUGUGUUGGUGGGCUUAAAAUGUACUGGGAUGUGGUGAAAAAUAUGAGAUGCUUGAAUACCAAACUUUGAGCACUUUAAACGGAAAAAUGAAAAUAGUUGGUGAUUAAUUUUCUGUCAUUUGGCUGAUUCUUGAACGUGAGCAUGGAAUGAAAAUACUGAGGUACACUACAUGAGUUUUAAGUAGAGCACACACUACUUGAGUAAGUAAACUUAGUUACAUUUCAUCUCUGUUCAGCUAAAUUAAAAGGCUGCUCGCCGUAUUUUCAUAAUUUGUGUCCAGGAAUGAGAGAGGAAUCACUCGUCUAGUAUAACUUUCUUGAAGAGUGAGAAUAAGCAUAUUUACCAAAAUAUCAAACUAUUCCCUAAAUGAAAAAUGUGAAAACUUUUUAACAACCUUUUCAAGAAUUCAGAUCAUGUUGUUGCUCUGUUGUGGUUGUUGAUGGACAAUGUGACAUCACGUGUGGGCUCGAUAAGUCAGGCAUUAAUAUCUCAACAACUUCUAUUAACAUCUGAACUACUGCAGUACUCUGAUUUUGUCCGAUCAUCCAUCUGUACUUUCAUGUGCGUUUGAGUUUUCCUGUGUAACUGCAGCGAGUCUCUUCAGAGAGAAAACACAGGCCCUGAACUUUGAGCUGGAACAUUUCUGAACCAUGUGCCUUGUGGAGAGAAAAAAACCUGAACACUGUCUUCUUCAAUACAGGUUUUUAUAUGUAGGGAAACAGAGCCACCUAGUGGAUUGAAAAUGAAUAGCAUGUAGGUUAAACUAUGAAGGACUUCUUCAAAGCCUGAAAUGGCCUUGUAAAGCGUUUUAUAAAUUAUUGGUCAGUUAUUUUUUUAUUUAUGUUUGUUAUUAUUUUCUGUAUGUCACCAUUUAUAAGGUUCUGUUUGUCUCAUUCAAAAUGCAGUAUUGUGUGUAUGUGCCAUUCAUCUUUUAAUUGGAUGAGAGUUGGUGUUAAAGGAAAACAUGCCAUAAAUUACAUUAUCUCUAGGUAUUUGUCCGUAAAUUGACUUUUUUCUCGAAAGCCUUCUCCGUAUAAGAUGUAAGUGUGUGUGUAUGUGCCCUUAAUAUUAUUACACAUGACUAUUUUUUAAAGAGAAAACAUUAUAUAGACUUAUUUGUGUUUUUGUCACAUAAUUAAUUUGUGGACACAUAAUGGAUGGAUAAAGGAUGAAUAACGGACUGACAGUAGUACUGAUCACUGUCAUGACACUGACGACGACUUAACAAGUCAGAAUCAGACUUUUGAUUGUUAUGUUUUUGUUUCUCAUGUCAUAGUUAAAUUCCAGAGUGCAAUACUGAAGAGAAAAUGUGACGUUUCAAGUAUUUCUGCCAAUCUUCAGCUGCCUCAGUUGGUUGCUUAUAUCUUCUUUCUUUUAUUAUGCUCACACAUAAUUAAUUUGCCAGCACUUCUUCAAUCAAAACAAUCAUGUAACAAUGUAUUUUUGGUGUUUGACCAAAGAUGUGAAAAGGCACUUUUUUAGUUAU